UGAAUCCUCGCGUCGGUAGUACGCCGCGCAGUUUCGUUAUUCGGCGUUCGAAUUUUAAAUUCGCGCGGGAUGUGAGAAUUGCAGAUAAAUAUUUUUUUUAUAGUCUGUGCUCUGUGUUGUGGGUGAAAUGAGAUUGGAAUAUCUUGCCAGUGUAGUACUGUGAUUUGUGGCGGUUUUAUGAAAGAGUUCAGUGCACUAAAUGAGAAUGCAGAAGCUGCGAAAAUCGAGAUAACACCAAGCAAAAAGUCAAAUAAACACAAUAAUGACUAUAAACUUAAGUGCGGUAUGUGAACGCUAGUGCCAAAACAAUGUUUUGCUGUAAAGAACUAAAGCUACUCUAUGCCACUGUUGUUCUGUUACUCGAAGCUGAAUUGUUAGUGAACACAGGUGCUAUGGAGUCGAAGAGGUCUUCCAUAUUUGUUACACAGAAUCCGAACGAUUUGACAUCGUUAGAGUUGUGCACAACUAGAAACCAGCAAAGGUUAGGCAGUGUAUUUGGUAAUUUUACAAGACACCAUAAAAAGGGUCAUAGACGAAGGACGACGUCAACUAGCACGACAAUUGAACCUACAACGUAUUCAACAGCAGACGUGGAGGAGCAUACAAAUACCUACACAAUGAGUGCGUACAGCACUACACAUCCAAAACUACCGAAACCUCUUCGACUAUCCGCCACUCAAUUAGAUAAUGAUUACGCAGAUAAUUUAGAUAACAUAGAUAAUAUAAUCGAAGAAAGUAAAGAAAUUAAACAUGAUAAACAUCACAAAUACGACAGAUUAUCAGAUAAAGAAGUAGUAAUAGAAAUUGAUGAAACAGCAAUGUCGAAAUCAUUAAAUAAAGUAAAGAAAAUGUAUAGAGAUUCAACUGCAUCAGCUAUGAAUAAAUUAAGUGCUAAAAGUAGUAAAAAUGGUAUAUUUUUGACUGAGAAUUGUACAACAGUUAUAGCUCAGAUAGGAACAACCGCUAUAUUGCAUUGUGAAGUUAGCGAUAUAACUGAGAACACGGUGACGUGGAUAAGGCGGAAAGACUACUCAUUAUUAUCUGUCGGCUUAGUGACGUAUAGUGCGGAUAGCAGAUUCUUCUCAGCUCACGGAAGACACGUUAAGGAUUGGGCGUUACACAUUCGUUUCGCGACGUCAGCGGACGCGGGGUACUACGAAUGCCAAGUCCCGACACACCCGCCAACGAGUAUUUUCUUCAAGCUAGUUCUUGUUGCCGCCUACGCCGAGAUAGUUGGUGAAUCUGAGAAAAUAAUUCACGAAGGUUCCAUGUUGAAGCUGGUUUGCGUCGUGAAGAGGUCCACCGAGCCGCCUUCCUACGUGUUCUGGUAUUUCGAGAAUCGAAUGAUUAAUUAUGACUUGAAUGGCGUAAGCGUUCACAACGGUAGACACACCAGCGAGCUGGUAAUUGGCAAGGCCGAGCCCCGGCAUGCGGGCAACUACACUUGCGUGCCAGCGAACGCGCGGGCUGCCUCCGUCACAGUACAUGUUGUUCAGAGUGAAACGCCGGCGGCUAUGCAGCACGGUAACAACGUCUCAUCCAACAACCACCCGCGGUUUUAUGAACUUUUAGUUGUACUAUUGUCUAUAAGAACAUUAUGUAUGCUUUCUGGGGAUAUUGGAUAACAGCCUGUGCAAGCAAUUGUUUUUGUAGAUAAUUUAAUUUUCUUUUGUGUUUUUUGGUGAUUUAAUAAUAUUUAUUGGUAAUAAUUUGAUGAUUAUCAAAGUGACUAUACGUAUAUACUUGAAAUAACAGUUAGUUCAGGAAUUCAUUAUUUUUAGUGCAGUUUCGCCCGCGUACGUAGAAAUAGAUAGUUGUGAUUUAACCGACAUGUUCCCGAUUUUGGGGGAUUACCGAGAUAUGAACUAUACUUUGUCCUUUCUUUCUCAUAUUUUCUUCGUGUCGACUACGAUACAAAUCUGUACAGCGGCUUAAGCGUGAAGAAGCGACAUAUAGACUUAUUAUCACAUUCAAUAUAUUAAUCGGAAAAUGUAUACAUUUACAGAUUUUGAUUCUACAUCUAUAAAGCGAUGUUUCCUCUUCAAAGUUAAGAAAAUAUAAACAUAAAUAAAACCAAUGUGUAGCAAUUAAAAAUGUAUUCCAAGGAAACACAAUAAAUUUUCUCUUAUCUAGACAACAACAAGAAACUGAAUAAAUAUAAAACGACACGAUGAAAAUCCCGAUUCACAACUACUGGAUAUGUUCUGAUUAGCAUAUCUGACAGCUGAAGUUACAAAUUAUAUAUGAAAGUAUGUGUUAGUUACUUUUAAAAUAAACGAUCUUAAUGACUCCUUGGUACAGUGAUUAACGCUUGAGCGUAGAACCGAGGGGUCCUGGGUUUUAUUCCGAGUGGGAACUCACAAAAAGUGUCGGUCUGGCAGGACUUGUCCAUAAAGAAAAUCGAUCGAUCAGUGAAACAGAUGUAUAUCAUCUGCCCCAUACCCCAGGGGGGACACGGGACUUCACACGUUAUCAGCGAAGUUAUUAACAAGUAUUCUAUCAAAUAAAAAUAUUGUUUGUGAGUGAGUGAGAAAAUUUCUUGUAAAUAUUUUCUUUUAAAUAAUUUAGCUUUUUUGUACUCAAAUAUAACUUGUUUUUGUUAUGACGAUGAUUUUUUUGUAAUGAUAUUCGUAGUCCUUACAUUCGAGUAUACUGAUAUUGAAUACGUUAAAUGUUUAUUGUAUGUACAUAUAAAAUUUAAUUGUAUAUAACAUUUAACCGACUUUAAAUAUAAGUAAUUCUGUUCUCAAUCUGCGCUAUUUAAAUCUUCCGUGUACAGUAUUGGUAGCUAUAUAAAUGUCACUUUCUGUCAUUUUGUAUAUAAUUCCACGACAAUAAAGUAUGUAAUUUAACUUUAUAUAAAUUGAUUCAAAAUUUUUCCUACUAUGUAUGAGGUGUAUUUACUUGGAACGUCUGUCACACUUUCGAUGGCGUUAUUUCAAUAAAUAUUUAUGAGUUACUGAGAUUAGCGCGCAUCUGAUUCCAAAUGCAACAAUUUGGAUUUUUAAAUUUAGAACAUAAAUUGAUACAUUUUACUGAAAAUCUAAUUUUUAUACUUUCCUAACCACUAAGUAUCAAGAUCUCUGUAUACAGCGCCUCACAAUCAAACUUCUAACGUAUACCGAAAAAGUACAAUAAAAUUAAUUGUAAAUAUAUAUA